AUGACAAGCGGUGGUGAAUCUGCGAAGGCUAUGACGAACAAAUUUGUGAAAUUGGACAAGUUUGAAGGGCAAGACUUCCGUCGCUGGCAAAAGAAGAUGCAUUUCCUAUUGACGACAUUGAAAGUGGUGUACGUUCUGAGUACCCCGAUGCCUGAGGAAGUGACGAAUGAGCCGCUGGAACUUACUAGGAAGCGUGGAAAGUGGCUGAAUGAUGAUUACAUCUUUCGUGGGCAUAUUGUGAAUGGUAUGUGUGACUCUCUUUUUGAUAUAUAUCAAAAUGUUGAAUCUGCAAAAGAACUGUGGGAAUUACUAGAGGCCAAAUACAUGGCUGAAGACACAUCUAGUAAGAAAUUCUUAGUCAGUGAUUUUAUGAAUUAUAAAAUGGUUGAUGAUAGAUCCAUCAUGGAACAAUAUAAUGAAUGUCUAAGAAUUCUGGGUCAAUUCGAACAACAUGGUUUAAAGAUGGAUGAAGCAAUUUCUGUUCCAUCUAUCAUUGAUAAACUUCCUCCUUCUUGCAAAGAUUUUAAACAUACUUUAAAACAUAAGAAGGAGGAAAUGAAUCUGGUUGAACUUGGAAGUUGUUUUCGAAUUGAGGAGUCUUGUCGGGCCAUGGAAAAUGUUAACAAAGAUAAACAAGUUGGUGGGUCUUCUGUUAACAUGGUGGAAGAAAGUGGUCCUAGUUUCAAAAAUUCUAACAAGGGAAACAACAAAAGGAAGUUUCAAAGUGGGCCUAACAAGAAGAACAAGGCUGUGAAACAUUCAAAAUAG